CCCUCCACUGGUCUACCUUUCCCAGAGAGCACCUGGGUUUCUUCUGAAGCCUCCAGCACCUGUCCACCUGCCAGGGCCUCUCUGGAGCAGCCAUGAAGUCCCUCAUCCUGGUCUUUUGCUUAGCUCAGCUCUGGGGCUGCCAUGCCGUCUCGCCGCCUAUGAUAGGUCUGCUUUAUAGAGAGGUGAACUGUGAUGACCCAGAAUCAGAGCAAGCAGCCAUGGUGGCCAUGGACUACCUCAACAAGAACCUUUUUCGGGGCUACAAGCACGCCUUGAACAGGAUUGAAAAAGUGAAGGUGUGGCCUCGGCGGCCCUUUGGAGAGGUGUUUGAGAUGGAACUAGACACGCUGGAAACCACCUGCCAUGCACUGGACCCCACCCCCGCAGCCAACUGCUCUGUGCGGCCACUGGUGGAGCACGCUGUGGAAGGAGACUGUGAUUUCCGUGUGCUGAAACAGGCCGGCCAGUUUACUGUAUUGUCCGUAAAAUGUGAUUCCAGUCCAGACUCCAGAGAGGACUUGAAAAAGAUGUGCCCAGACUGCCCCGUGCUGGCCCCGCUUAAUCACACCAAGGUGGUGCAUGCUGCAGACGCUGCUCUGAAAGCUUUCAACACUCAAACUAAUGGCUCCUAUUUCCAGCUUGUGGAACUUACCCGGGCUAACAUUGGGUAUUUAUCACGUACGACCUAUGUGGAGUUUGCAAUGGCUGCCACUGACUGUGCUGCUCAAGAGGUCACAGACCCAACCAAAUGUAACUUACUGGCAGAAAAGCAAUAUGGUUUCUGUAAGGGGACAGUCACUGAGAUCCCUCGUCAGGAAAAAGUUUCAGUGACCUGUACAGUGUUCCCACCACAGACUCAACCAGACAACAGCCCUGUGGCUUCACCUCCUCCAGCUACCCUGCUCGCAGCUCCUGAGGCAUUGGGACCCCUGCCACCCCUGCCGGCGAACCGGGCACACCAUGACCUUCGCUACUUCCUCAUGGGUACAGCCUCAGUGGAGUCUGCCUCAGGAGAAGCAGGGAAAGCACCCAGUGUGGUGCAGCCUAGCGUGCCUGUUGCUGCCGGUCCAGUGGUCCACCCUUGCCCCGGGAGAUACAGACACUUCAAGGUCUAGAUGAGAAGACUGGCAGAGAGAACAUAGCUACCAUUUUGUCCAAGUUUGAGUAAGGGUAGGGGCCUUGUCUGCUACCAAGGCAAGUGCUAUUACAUGUGGUCUAGAUUAAUAUCAAGUCUUGAAUUCCAAUUCUCUUCCUUCUUCAGAAAACAGAAGCAAAGGGUACGAUGGUUAUGUUUGAUGAAAGGCAUAAGGCUAGCAACUUAUCAUUGUUCUGAUACUAAGCCACCACCAUUAUGUUCUCUGCCUUCUUUGACCUCACAAAAACAAUUGUAACAGUGACUUUCAGAGGUGCUCUUGCCAAACUUAUAUUUGCUUGUUAAUAAAAGUGUCAGAAGUAUCUUCCUGAAUAAAGAAGGUUCUAAGCAGAAA